ACCACAUCCUCCCGCCACAACAUGCCUUCUGCACAGCUCGAAAUAGUCGAGUAUGACGAAGCAGGCAAUGUAACCGCCACUUAUAUUGAGAGCGACAAACGCGUCGACGUUGUCCUGCCGGAGAGCCGCAAGACGCGUCUGGAACAACUGCUCGACGUGUUCUUGCCUGCCGGCUAUCCGCAGAGCGUCACAGAGGAUUAUUUGGAAUACCAGAUCUACGACUCGCUCCAGGCCUUCUCGAGCUCCAUCGCAGGUCUCCUCUCUUCUCGGGCCGUUCUUGAAGGUGUCGGUGUUGGCGAUGCCAGCGCAUCCCCUACCGCAGCUCUGCUGCUCAAUGUCCUGCAAGAGUCCAUGGGCCGAAUCGUGACAAUCCUAUUUGCGCACAAGCUAGGGACGUCACUGGAACCGGAAUGCAAGAUGUACCGGUUGGCGGCCGACGUUUUCAAUGACACAGCCAUGUUGCUGGACUGCGUGUCGCCCGUGUUCCCACGGCCCGCACGUGUGCUGGUGCUGAGUUUUGCCAGCGUGCUGCGCGCCUUGUGCGGUGUCGCGGCUGGCAGCAGCAAGGCGUCGCUGAGUGCGCACUUUGCGAAACAACAGAACCUUGGUGAACUGAAUGCGAAAGAUUCGUCACAGGAAACGAUCAUCUCACUCAUGGGAAUGCUGGCUGGUAGCGUGGUCGUAUCCUGGGUCUCUUCACCAUUGGCGACAUGGCUUACUAUGCUGCUAUUGCUCUCAGUCCACCUGGGGACAAACUAUGCCGCCGUCCGGGCCGUCAGCAUGCGCUCAUUGAACCGCCAGCGAGCAAACAUAGUCAUGUCACAUGCAAUUGUGCACGACAAGAUACUUACGCCGCAGCAGGUGUCGCAAAGAGAACGUGUCUUUGAGCGGGACGGGGUGCUGCGCUGGACGGACGACCAGAUCAUCGGGCGUUGCAAGAUCGGGGUCAAGCUCCAGGACAUCGUCGGACGCCUGGGACCAAGCCAUGAGAGGACUAGAGCAGUGCAGACAGACUCCACACGACUGUCAGCUCUGUUUAAGGUUUACCAACACGAAUCGUAUAUCCUCUGGUUCGACAUGGCGAGGUCGGAGGCUCUCAUCGCGCUCAAACACGGCUGCACGCCCGUCACACAGCUUCAGGCAUGGACGCAGGCGCUUCUGCUGGCUUCACGUUGCAAGACAGGGGCGGCUGACGCUCAUCAGCAGCACCCGACUCAGUCCGAGCGGCUGCGUCAGACACUGGAGCGGGCGCGCCAGAUACUCGAUGCGGCCCAGACAAAGCGGCUUGAAGCAGCGGGUUGGGACUUGGGCAUUGGAGCUUUGGAGACCCACUCGGGCACGCGCGCUGCAGUCCUGGGGCCUGAGAGGUCGGCGGCGUGAGGCUGGGCGGGCGCUGGGUUCGCCUCGCCAUCGGUUCGCUACAGAGAACGAAGCAGCGACGCAUAGUGGUGACGAAAUGUACAUGCAUAUUCCGCGAGCCCGUGCAGCAAGACACGCGUGUCGUCCGAUAACUGCCUGUGCUGCAAGUUUAUGACAACAAGAACAGCGAUCAACAGGAGACAACCUAGUAGUUUAGCUGGACACC